AUGACAAGGAGCCAAGUGAAACUUGGAACCGAAACACCACCGCUAUCCCCGACCGUAGCAAAGGAGGUUACAUUACGGAGUCACUUGCAGGAGUUGUUAGACAAGCUCCCACAAGAUCUCCCUGUGUACCACCACGAAGAGCUUCUCGGUAAGUACCACGGAAUCACUUCUUGUAUACACCUAAUUCUUGCAUCAGAUGGAAUUUGUUUCCUGCUUCAUAGCCCACUCUUCUCCUACGUCGUGAGCCCACGCAUCCGGCGAGAGGAACAGAAAGCCAAGUCGUAUGAAACCAAUGCUGUGACAACCCAGACACCACUUGUCAAGAAAGCUCAUAAAGGUGUCAUUCGGGAAUCAGCAACAUAUCUCGCACUGUCUAAGUUACGCAUCGAUAUCAAUCAGGAGAAGAACGACUGGAUUACUCGCCUCCUUUACAACAACGCCAUCCUCAUCGAGGGGCGCGACUUAGGCAAGGCUAGAAACUCUUCGUUCGUCACGAGUUUCCACUUCUUCUGCGAGGAAGUAGCUUUCUUGAGCAGCGAGUUCAGGUCGAGGGAGCGUGCUGGAGCUGUCUUGCGUGGUGCUGCGGGAGAGCAGCACCAGUGCGGAGAGGAAGAAGCGGCGGCUUGUCAAGUUGAAGGUAAGAGUUCAAAUAAUGCGCGGUAG